AUGUCUGAUAAUCCUUUUCCAUCAGUCAAAGAAGUUAAGAAAUGGAAGCGAGUUGAAAAUAAGGUUGCUGGCCGUGACUUCCUUGAGAUGAAUAUGAACAAAUUCAUGCAAGUUGGGCUAAAAAUGGGACCAGCUGAAAGAAUUGCGGAAUUGGUUAGAGAUAUCAAGGGAAAAGGGUAG